AUGUCGGAGAAGCGAAAUAUACGAGAUCACAAACGUAGAUUGCUCGCGGCUAAAUAUGAAUUGAGACGAAAGCUUUAUAAAGCCUUUUGUAAAGAUCCCGAUCUUCCUAGUGAUAUGCGGGACAAACAUCGUUAUAAGUUGUCCAAGUUGCCAAGAAAUAGUUCCUUUGCGCGAGGCGCAGCGAAGCCAAAUUCAAUCAAGGCAAGGGGGCUUACUUUUCCUGACGCUGAGUCAUCCUAUUCCAAUUUAGCUAUGCUAAUGGAACAGGAAAAUUUUUUCGAUGAUAUGGACCCCAAGAGAUGUGUGAGAACCCCCAAUUGCUUAGGGGUUGCACUCUGUCCCGCUUGGUGGACGAAAUCUUCUCUCCUUUUAGAAUGA